AUGGCAGAAAUAGACAAUAAAGAUGAAGAUUCCAAAGAACAGAGUGCACAUUUAUUUGUUCUAGUCCAUGGGUUAUGGGGAAGUCCGAAUCAUAUGCUGACCAUUGAGAGAUCAUUAAGAGAGUUACUUCAGGAAUGCUCGGACGAAAAGAUAGUGACAUUGAAACCUUCUUCAUUUCGGUUUUGGAAGACAUACGAUGGAUUGAAACUAAAUGCUGAAAGAGUCAUCAGGGAUAUCUUUUAUGAAAUCGAGGCAUUAAAACAAAAGAGUAAUUACAAAGUCGUUAAAAUUAGCUUGGUAGGCUAUUCCCUAGGUGGUCUAAUUUCCAGAUACCUUAUUGGUGUAUUGAACGAAAUUGGAUUUUUUGAAAUGGUAGAACCUGUUUUUUUUACCACCUUUGCGACACCACAUGUUGGUAUCCAAUUUUUCAACGAUAACAUCUUUGACCACGCUGCUAACAAGGUGGGUCAAUAUCUUUUUGGUAAGUCAGGGCGCGAGAUGUUCAUGACCGACCAUGAUAAGAUUUUAAUGCAAAUGGCGGAUUCUGAAGGGGUAUAUUAUAAAGGUCUAAAUAAAUUUCGAAAGCAUAUAUUGUUAUCCAAUGUUAAAAAUGAUAGAACCGUUGCAUUUAAUACGUCAUUCAUAACCGAAUACUCGCCGUUUGAUAAUUGGAGCAAUAUCAAGAUUAAAUAUUUGAAGGGUUUGCAACAAUCAAGGAUAGGUAAAAUCUACGUUAAGCCUAAAUUUGUUGAUUUGAAUAGGUCGAUCCAAAUGACAAGAUCUGAGGAUGAAGUAUUUGCUGGUAAUAUUCAGGAACAGACGUCUAUAUUUCGUUCCAAUAGGAUCUUUAGAUUUUUAAUUAUAUUUCUGGUGUCAUUCUUCCUAUUACCAUUUUGGAUUCCAUUAGUUCUAUGUUCAAGUUUAUUUGCUUCGAUUUAUAGCAUGAUUAAAAUCAGAAUUAUUCCUGCUCCAAAAAUUAAACUGCAUUGGCAGAGAGUACUUGAUUCUGUAUAUGGCUCAUCUCCUGUGGAUGUCGAAGAUGCAAAAAUUGGGUUGCAAAAUAGAAAUGAAAGAAAAUCCAUGUCUAAACAAAAUUAUUUCAAAGGAGACACUUCCGAAUUAACUGAAAAUACAAUGGAAGGCUUAAUGUAUGCUGAGGAAAGAUUUACCGGCAAAUCGACAGAAGGAGCUAUUCAAGAAGAGGAUAGAGACGAGCCCAAUAAUACCCAGAACAAUGCAAGUAACGAUGAAGAUAACUCUGGUGAUACUAAUGAAGAAAUGGAUGAUUAUGAUGAUAGUGAAUCUGACCAUGAAGACUAUGAACGGACUUCGAUUUUAUCUAAGAACACUAAGAAGAAAGUGGUUGAAAUCGAUACCAAGUCAAAUGAUCAAUCAAUUCGCCAGCACUACUCUACCUUAACUCAAUGGAAGAAUUCUAGAUUUCCAUUGUUUACGAAGAGUUGUAGAUUACCUAUAAAUGAAGAAAAGCAGUUCGUUAUUGAUUCCUUGAAUAAAAUCAAUUGGAUCAAGAUACCUGUUUAUAUAGAUGCGUGGAAUUCGCACGAUGGAAUAGUUGCUAGACGUGGUCCAAGAACCAACCCAAAGGGUGCAUCUACUGUAUGUUUAUGGGCUUCUAUAUUGAGGAACAACAUGAAAGAAACAGACACCUAA